AUGGCUUCACUUAGUGUGAAUUUAGAAGUAUGGUUUCCACAUUACAUAUCAGAUCUCGAUAAAUGCAGCUUGUGCGUGAUAAAAUAUGAGCCAACGACCGAUCCACGUCACCCGGGUUAUGGUGACAAGGAUUAUAUCUCACGUCGAAUUUACCUGAACGAAAUCGCUAAAUCAUAUAGAUACGAUCAACCUUUACCUGAAAUUGAAUACACUGAAGAAGAACAUAAAACAUGGAAGAUUGUUUUCUCGAAGCUCAAAAGUCUAUAUGAGACCUAUGCAUGUGCUGAAUACCGCCAUAACCUAGCUGAUUUGGAGAAUACAGGGCUUUUCGUUCCUGAUCGAAUUCCUAAUCUUAGGGAAGUCAAUAAUUAUUUGCAAAAAAAAACUGGGUUCAUGCUUCGACCAUGUGCAGGCCUUCUAAGUGCACGAGAUUUCUUAGCAAGUUUGGCAUUUCGAGUAUUUCAGACAACUCUUUACCUAAGACAUCCGAAAUCGCCACACCAUAGUCCAGAACCUGAUUUAAUCCAUGAAUUUAUCGGUCAUUGUCCAAUGUUCGCUGAUCCAAUUAUGGCUCAAUUUUCGCAAGAAAUUGGUCUUCUUUCGCUAGGAGCUUCUGAUGAGCAAAUAGAACAAUUAGCUACAGUUUAUUGGUUUAUAAUAGAAUUCGGUUUGUGCUAUGAGAAUGGACAACUUAAAGCUAUUGGAGCUGGUUUAUUAUCAUCUUAUGGAGAAUUAAUGCAUGCAUGCUCGGACAAACCUAACCAUGUAAAAUUUGAACCUGAAGUAACAGCACUUCAAAAAUUUAAUGAUGCUGAUUAUCAACCAACUUAUUUUGUCGCAAACUCAAUUUUUGAUGCAAUAAAAAAAUUAAGGUUUAUAUCGCAAGUUUUCAGAGAUUAUGCGAGAACAAUGAAACGAUCUCAUACGAUCACAUAUGAUCCCAUAACAAAAUGCAUAAAUGUUAUAAAAAAUGUCGAGGAUAUUUUGAAAAGUAUAGAACGCCUUAAACAAGAACUAUCUAUCGUGAGUGACGCCAUUGAUCACGUAUCAAAAAAUAUUAAUACUUUUCCGUGA